UGUGGGUUUUCUUAUCUUUUAUCUUCCAGCUCCUCAUAGGCGCCUCCGGGGCGGUUCGCGAUCAUCCACUAUGACAAACUGGGCGCCGGGUUGCUGCCAGCAGAAAGAGGCCCUCGCUGCAGCGGGUUAUGGAGGUUCAAAGCAGCGCAAGUCGAUGCGCAGCCCUAUCCUUUUCGCAUGGACACUUUGCAUUCGAUCUCUGAGAAAUGGUCUGAUUAUCGAGAAAAUCCGCACAUUUCCAUGAUGGGCCAGAUGUUCGUCACACUUGCCUCGCCUAUCAGAUCUCCCCCAGCACAGUCUCAUCAUCAUAAUCAGAUUUCCCCCACUUUGCUGUGUUCUAAUCUGCUGUCCUUGUUUGUUUAUUUUCGGUUAAAGAGAAUGCAUGGAAUUGUCACUGAAUUUGAACCCAUCCCCCCCCAUUUUCCCUUACUUGUUCCCCUGUCUUGUCAGUCACGCGAUCUUAAUAACUAUACAUGUGUCUUUCGCGGCGGAUGCCAAGCCAUAAGAAAGAGAAUCUCGAAGCAGAAUUCAUCCUUAUUUCAUUGUCUUUUGAUCACUGCAGUACUUAUCUUUGCCAUGCUCUCGGUUGCAUGCGCCCAAGGUUUCCUUUCCAUGCGAAUUAGGCUUCAACAAUAUCUGUUGAUUGCUAGGCCAUGAAUUCAUUGGUCAAACGAAUCCAAUCCAUGUCGCAUCAUCGUGACUCGUCGCAUCAUCGUGACUCAAAUGAUGAGCACAUUUGGCUAUCAUCGUACCUUGCAGGGUAGUGACUAUGCGACCCUGUCU